AUGGGGACGACGUCGUACUGGGCCCAUGUGCGUCGUAAUAAACCAGUAACAUCGUCGCCCCCCUCGCGAACUCGCGGGUACGCGGGGACACCGGGUGUCCCGAUCUCCUCGCGAGGAAACGUCACUGAAGGUAAAGGCGUGAAUAGGUACACGAGGAACGGGUCACGCACCUGCGACGCAAGCUGGUUUCAGCACUUCCGUGAUCAAGACGCUCAGCAACAGUACUCGCGCCGCCAUAUAUCCACGCUCAUCGGCAACCGCGUACCGUUGGCGCUGCCUGUGAUGCUUUUGGCCGGAUCCUCGGAAGAAUUUUUUUUUAACCCUAAGAAGGCACUGACGGAAUUCUUUCAAUCUCUGAAGGCGAAAAAGCUGCCUAGGACGAGCCACGAACAGCACUACCACAUACAUUAUUAUCCGAUGCCUUUCCCUCUAUUAGCGUGGACGAAAGCACCGGAUAAAUACUAUCUCGACGGACUUUACGACGACACUCUCGCGUCGUACGGCUGGUCGGAUUAUCAUUACAGACACACGCCCGAUCCGUCGCUAAUCGUGUCGUCGGGUCUCCAACAUCUGUCCGAGCCGGAUCUAUGGGACGACCUUUGGAGCGAGGAGAUUCUAGGCACCGACGAUGUGCACGACACGAUCGAUCGUAACUCCAACGGAAUACUGGUGCGAGUGCCCGUCAACCGGCCGCUCGUGUUUCAUCUGCCGUUGAGGAAGUCGCGGCAGAGACGGGCGGAGAUGGCGACGACUUAAGGGCCCUCCCUCGCUUCGCAGAGGCACCCAUUUCUCGCCCUUCAAACUAACAGUUGUGAUUAAAAUUUAUCACCAAUCGUCACAUCGAAUCUUCAUCAGUUUAGCUUAUUUAGAUUAGCUUUAGAUUAGCUAAUUAAAAAACUUCUACUUCGCUUAGCUGAUGUAAAUUUCACAAUGGCUUGUUAUUUAUUACGCGUAUAACAGACGUCUCGAAAUGUU